GGCGACGGCGAUGGGGAAGCUGGCGAGGAUCGUCGACGGCAUCAAGACGAGGCUGAACAAGAAGAAGGGGGAGAGGGAGGAGGAGGCGUCGGCGGCGUGCUACGGCAAGGUGGACAAGACGGAGAGCAUGCGGGUGGAGAUCAGGAGCCGCCGCGCGCAGCAGCUCAUCGCCAAGAACCUCGCCGCCGCCGACAGCCUCGGCGACGGACACGGCGUCAGGAAGAUCAAGAAGCGCUUCUUCGACUUCUGACCGGUCAGAAAAUGGAAGCUCGAUCGAUCUCUCUAUUCUCUGUGU